AUGGGCGCCGAGGUCUUGCAGCCAGCAUUCCCACCCGCCGUCGUGGGCCCGAAACUCAAGGAGCCCACCAGGCCGACAAACCGACUUCCGCAAACCUUGAUCGACGAAGCACGCCGGGUCGAGCGGACUCACUUUGACCCCAACAAGCAUCUUGCUAUUGCCGACCCGGAGAAGAUCUACACCAUGCAGGAGAUCGGGCUGGGAGGGCAGGGCAUCUCUCCCGUCGCGGCAUCCUCGCCCUUUGCCAUCUUCACGCCCGAGGCCGUCGCGCAGAUGCGGGCCGAGAUCUUCAGCGAGCCCGUCCUUCAGUCUUGCCAGUACGCGUCGGACUUCGCCAAGAACAUGAUCCGCGGUUACGGCCCCAGGCUCUGUCCCUUCAUCUUUGACGCCUGGAACUGUGACCGGGUCCUGGAGGCGGUUUCUAAGGUGGCCGGUUUGGAGCUGGUCCCGGCCAUCGAGUUCGAGGUAGGCCACAUCAACAUCUCCAUCAACGAGACCACGACCGAGCUCAGCACCGUCGAGACGAACGCGACCUACCUCGAGGAGGACCAGUCCGCCUUUGCCUGGCACAGAGACAGCUACGCCUUCGUGUGCGUGACGAUGCUUUCCGACUGCGUCGGCAUGGUCGGCGGCGAGACAGCCAUGCGGACAGGCACGGGCGGGAUCAUGAAGGUGCGCGGGCCGGCCAUGGGAACCGGUGUCGUCAUGCAAGGCCGCUACAUCGAGCACCAGGCGAUGAAGGCAAAGGGAGGGCGGGAACGCAUCAGCAUGGUCACUUCGUUCCGCCCGAAAAGCCCGCUGCUGAGAGACGAGACCGUCCUCACGGGCGCGCGCCCCAUCAGCACGCGGUCCAGCCUCUACUACCAAUGGAGUCAGUAUCGUCUGGAGGUGCUGGAGGAACGACUCCGUGACGGGUCCAAGCGGCUCCGGCACCGAGAUCGAAGCGGUAAGCCGUUUGAUGUGGCCGCCGCCAAGGAGUUUUUGAACCUGCAGAAGCAGUUCCUGGAGGCUACCAUCCUGGAGCUGGAGUAA